AUGAUAGUGGAAGCUAAUGCAAGGAAGGUGGGCAAAGUCCUAUUUAAGCCAAUAAGCAGUGAAUGUGUUGGUGUUGACAACAAGGGUGUGAACCGCCUGAUCUCCAAGAAGAUCGUCAAACGGAAGAAGAAGGGCUCUGAUGAUUCCUCUGGUGAUGAGUAUCCAGGUAUAACAGAGAAUGGCUGCCCUGCAGAGGUACUCUCGUACUCGGAUGAUAACAGUGCUUUGUUGGAAGAUGCAAGCAGUUCUAGUGCCAAGAGGUGA